CCUAUUAAUAAACUAGAAAAGAAGAAAAUGAGCAAAUUGAAGGUUUUAUGUCUCAACUCUUUGACUGAUGGGCCUGCCCUGUCUCUUUCUGGAAGUAAAGCAAUGUUAGCAGCUUUGACAAAUUUACUAAGAGGCAAAGGACUGCUAGAGAGAGUAGAUCUUGGGAAUUGCAACGUUAAAGAACUUAGUUCUGAUGAUGAUUUUAAGAAGAGAAUGAUGAAUGCAGACGUUGUUAUAGCCCAUCCAGAUGUCUUUCAGUAUUGUCCUUCUGUCCUAUUCAGCUCUGAGCUAUCUCUUAAAUUAUUGCAAAUUAUUUAUGCUGGAUGCAAUCAGCUCUUAAAAGCUCUUGCUGAUAACAACGCAACUCUUCCCUAUCCUGUUGCACGAAUGGGUGGUAGUUUUGGUCCUCAUAUGGCUGAAUAUGUCGUUGGUCAAGUUAUCGGUUUUGAACGUCACUUUCCAAAAAUUAUAGGAAAACAAAUAGCAGAUAGGGACAAUCUAUGGAAUAUUAGAGAUCUUGGCUAUCGUAGACUACGAGAUCUUACAAUAGGAAUACUGGGUCUUGGUGAUAUAGGGCGGGAAAUUGCUAAGUACUGCAAAUUUCUUGGCAUGACAGUUUGGGGUAUGACUAGGACACCAGUACCAAAGGAAAAGAGGCUAUCCUGUGUAGAUCAAUACAGGCAAUUAGGGGAGCUGGAGGAAUUACUGUCUGCCUCUGAUUAUGUUUGCAAUGUCCUUCCUAGUACACCAGAAACUGCUGGACUGCUUGAUAAAGAUGGAUUCAAGUCUUGUGCUGAAAAGAAGCCUGUAUUCAUUAACAUUGGAAGAGGUGACAUUGUAAAGGAGAGUACAAUAGUAGAAGCAAUCAAGAACAAGUGGCUCAGUGGAGCAGCUUUGGAUGUGUUUAAUGAGGAGCCACUACCACUUACCAGUGAAUUGUGGGGACUGGAUAAUGUUGUUAUUACUCCGCAUAUGGCAGCUCUUACUAUGACAGAUGAGUUGGCCGAGCUAGUGUGCGAACAGAUUGAGCGGUGUUUGUCCGGAAAACCGUUACUCUAUAUGAUUGAUGUUAAAAGAGGCUACUAACUGAUUUACUGAAGAAAUUAGAUAUUUGAAUUUUAAACUUUAAAGCAGCUGAGUUCAGUUACAUGUAUAUAUAGUUUGAUUUUGUUUCAUGAUAUAGUAACUUAA